ACCGAGCUGCUACCGGAGCUGUUACCGAGCUGCUACCGGAGCUGUUACCGAGCUGCUACCGGAGCUCAGACCGGAGGAGAGCCGCAUCAGCGGAGGAUCAUGCUGCCGCUGAGCUGUCCGCCCCGACACACACACUGAGCUCCGCGCUGCACACGGACCUUUAAACAAGCUUCUUAUUGCAGACGGCCCGUUGGAUCAGCAGCAGCGAUGGGCAGUAAGACCCUCCCAGCCCCGGUGCCGCUCCACCCGUCCCUCCAGCUGGCCAACUACUCCCUCCUGCAGAGCUCCACAGGCCUCCAGCUGCCUGCAGAACACUUCCACAGCAUCUACAGCUUCAGUGCCUUACACGCCAUCCACCUGCACCAGUGGACGCUGGGCUACCCGCCGCUGGCGCUGCCCCGCUGCACCCUCAACAAGCUGCCGGCGCCGUUCUCCUCCAUGGCCUCCAUCCCAAUGUUCCCCCACCUCCUGCAGGCCAAGCAGGACUCCGCCGGGCUGCAGAGCUCCAAGAACAAGCCCCGCUUUGACUUUGCCAACCUGGCAGCAGCAGCCACGCAGGAGGACCACCUGAAGGCCGAAGACCUGAGCAUGACGGGCGCCGCCGCCUCCGCCGCCGCCGCUCAGGCGUCCUCCCACCACGCCGCCGCCGCCGGCCUCGGCUGCCUGCUGGACGUCACCAAACUCUCCUCGCCGGAGCGCAAGUCCAGCCGGGGCAGACUGCCCUCCAAGACCAAGAAAGAGUUCGUCUGCAAGUUCUGCGGCCGCCAUUUUACCAAGUCGUACAACCUUCUGAUCCACGAGAGGACGCACACGGACGAGAGGCCGUACACCUGCGAUAUCUGCCACAAAGCCUUCAGGAGACAGGACCACCUCCGGGACCACCGGUACAUUCAUUCCAAAGAGAAACCCUUCAAAUGUCAGGAGUGUGGGAAGGGCUUCUGUCAGUCCAGGACUCUGGCUGUCCACAAAACAUUACACAUGCAGGUGAAGGACCUGAAGCCAGCCAAGAUCAAGUGAUGACUGGCAGCAGGAAGGACGGGACACUGGAACCAGACGACCAAACACAAAGAACAACCAAAGACUUCUUCAUCUCAGCUGUUGGAGCAGAAACUCCACAAGGAACUCAUAUUUCACCAGCCACUUAUUAAAGGAAUCAUGCAGAAAUACAUGUAUGCUUAGUUAUCAGAGCAGUGAUGUGUGAAAUGUAAAAUGAAAUCUUGAAGCGGCUCAGAAGUUUAUAACCAAAGACAGAAAAGGGACACGACUCCUAUGCAAUCUUUUUUUACAACUGAGAAUGAUCAAAGCCAUGUUAACACGUUUUCCUCCUUUUCAAUAUCACAUCCUAAUGUUAUUUUUGUACAGAUGCAUUAUAUCAAAAUGUAUUUUUGCACUUUAAUCUGAUUGAUUAUUGACAUAUAUCACUGGAUUUCUUAAACGUAUUUUCAAAAUGAAUAAUCAUUUCUAAAUAAACUAUUUUUA